CUAACCGAGGAGGAACAAUCUCUUUUUUUACCAGAGAAGUCCGACAGAAUCUAUCCCGGUGACCAGGUCUUGCACUCUUCUGCUCUGUUCCCGGCGCUGCCUGCCACGUUGCCGCUAGAAGCCAACAGCGGCAAAGUUGCAGUGCUGUCCCAGACUCCUAGUAGCUGUAGCACCCCGAAAAAGGCACCUAGAGCUCGAGAAAUGGCGGCCUGAACUCCGAAUCGGCAGAAUCAUCCGCCGGCCAGAUCUCCCAGCCUACGGCUCGCGCGCCGCCGCGGCUCACCCGUGGGCGAGGAGGAAUCUCGACGUGGACGGUGGACGGGACGGGAUAGAGUGGUUGGUUGGUGGACGGAGGGGAAAGGUAGGAAGGAUGGCCGUGAGGCUUCUUCUUCUACUACUUGCGCUUGCUUGUCUACAUGCUCCUUGGUCGGCUUCGGCUCAGCAGCCGGAGGAAGCGACGGUCAUAGUUAAAGGAUCAAACAGAAUUGCUGAAACCGAUGAGAAUUACGUGUGUGCUACGAUUGACUGGUGGCCGCCAGAGAAAUGUAACUACAAUCAGUGUCCAUGGGGUCAAUCCUCGAUUCUAAAUUUGGAUUUGGAUCACCCUUUUCUUGCUCAAGCCAUUCAAGCAUUUGAUAAUUUGAGGAUUAGACUGGGAGGCUCUUUGCAAGACCGAGUUGUUUAUGAUGUGGGGACAAAUAGUCCAUGCUCUCCAUUCACAAAUAUGUCUAGUGGUUUGUUUGGUUUCUCAGUCGGUUGUCUAAGUAUGGAUAGGUGGGACAAACUGAAUGAUCUAUUCCAGAAAACAGGAGCAAUUAUCACAUUUGGUCUGAAUGCGCUCUAUGGAAGGCAUAAUGUCCAACGUUCUGUCUGGACGGGAAAAUGGAACUCUACAAAUGCAUAUGAUUUUUUAAAAUACACAAUCUCAAAGGGAUACCAGGUUGAAUCGUGGGAAUUCGGUAAUGAGCUGAGUGGGCAUGGAACUGGAGCAAGGGUUGACGCUAAACUUUAUGGGAAGGAUGUAACUGAACUUAAAUCCAUACUCCGGAAGUUGUAUAGGGCACCACUCUCCCAGCCACUCCUGUUAGCCCCAGGAGGAUUCUUUGAUCAACAGUGGUACACUCAGUUACUUCAGACUUCAGGUCAUGGUGUUGUUAGUGCCUUGACGCAUCAUAUUUAUAAUCUUGGUGGAGGGGAUGAUGUCCACCUUAUGAGGAAGAUCGUAGAUCCUAAGUACCUAGAUCGUGCCGAAGAUACUUACAGGGAUAUGCAGCUUACCCUCCAAAGGCAUGGAACAUGGGCUUCUGCCUGGGUUAGUGAAAGUGGUGGGGUGUUCAACAAUGGCCGUCUAAUGGUGUCAAAUACUUUCAUGAAUAGCAUCUGGUAUCUUGAUCAACUUGGAAUGGCAUCAAAGUACAAUACAAAAGUUUUCUGCAGGCAGACUCUCAUUGGUGGAAACUACGGUCUGCUUGACACGCAAACUUUCAUACCAAAUCCUGAUUACUACAGCGCACUACUAUGGCAUCGGCUUAUGGGCAAGGGAGUUCUUUCAGUUGAUAUCAAUGCACCGCGUAAGGUGCGUGCUUAUGCUCACUGCAGUAAACAACAGCAAGGGAUCACUCUCCUCCUGAUCAAUCUAAGCAACAGUACCGGGUACAACGUCACCCUCCAGAAUGACAUCAACGUCAGCCUCGAGAAACAGACUAACCUCCGGAGGCACAGCUCUUUCACCCACGGCCUCAGAAGAGCGGUCUCAUGGCUGGGAAGGAAGCCGUCGUCGAGGGACGCCGCUGCGAAGAGGGAGGAGUACCAUCUGGCAGCCAAGGAUGGCGACCAUCAGAGCAGAACAAUGCUGCUCAACGGCGUUCCGCUGGAGCUGGCAGACGACGGCAGCAUCCCGGCUCUGGACCCGGUGACCGCUGCUGUCAGUUCGCCUGUGUACCUGGCCCCGACGUCAAUCGCGUUUGUAGUUCUGCCGAAGUUCGAGGCCAAGGCCUGUUCUUGAAUCCUGAGGGGAAAAUCCUUUUAUGCUAGUAUGCCUCACAGCGCUCCACUUGUUCAUGUUGUGUUGUAGGAGAAACAGAAUCAUAUACAAAAGGAAAAAGAAACAAUAGAAGAACAUGAACAAUCUCCAGAGUAAAAUCUUCUUUCGUUGAAAUGC